AUGGCUAAUAAUAUUAAUCCAGUAGUCCCUUGGUCCGACCUUCCACAAGAACUGGUGGAGUUGAUCAUGGCACAUGUCACCACAACCUUCGAUCUUCUACGAUGUCGCGGUGUAUGUCAUUCAUGGCGAUCUGCUGUACUGAACGUGCUAUCACUCGGCGUUACUUCUACUACUCCGUUACUACUCCUCUACAAUAGGCUUGACCUAUGCAAUUCUCCCGCCAAACUCUUGUGUCUUGGUAAAAACACCACCACCAAGUAUAGGCUCCGUUCACCCAACAUGAAGAGGUUGUCGUACAAGGAUGGUGUGAUAUUCAAUAGGACUUCUCCCGAUUUGGUAAAGUCCAUGGAGAAGCACUGGAUGGCAGACGACGAAGGCAUCGAGGAGGAGGCUGAUUCCGGCAAUGGUGGUGGUGGUGGUGCAGUUCCCAAAAGGACUAGAUGUAUUGCUCCCUGUCGUGGAUGGCUACUAUUGUAUCCUUAUUAUGAGAGUUCACUAUAUCUCUUCAAUCCUCUUUCAAGAAUGGUUGUCCAUCUUCCACCGCCGCCGGAAUUAAAAAUGGUCACUAAUCCAGAUGUGCUUAGAUUCAUCAUAUCAUCCAUUCCAACUGAUCCAACUUGCAUGGUCUACUUAUAUACCCCGAAUCAGAUUGCUGUUUAUAAACUUGGUGACAGGAAAUGGACGCCUGUUUUCGCUAGUAAUCAUCAUGAAUGGGUUUCCGUCAUAUUUUACCAUGGUAACUUCUACUCGAUUGAUGAGCUUGGUGUGCUCCGACGUUUCUUGUUGGAUAAAUCUUAUUCUAAUUACAAGGAGGAAGAGGUAUGCAAUGGUACUUGUAAUGUCAACCAAUACAGGUACUUGGUGGAGGGGUCGUGGUCUGGUGAAUUGUUGAUGGUUGUGAGGAUUUAUGAACAUCAUAUAUGCAGAACCAAAACCAAGUCGUUUGAGAUUUUUAAGUUAAAUUGGAGUAAUGGUAAAUGGGAAGAGGUGAGUAAUUUGGGUCAUCGAGCUCUAUUCUUGACUACUAAUGAUUCGAAAUUCGUUUCAGUUAGAUAUAAUCCUGAAUAUACACCCAAUUCAAUCUAUUUCAUUGAAGAUACAAAUACAAGGAUGAAAGAUUUCGGAGUGUAUGAUUUGGCAACACACAACAUAAAGCCAUUACAUCCAUCUCAAAAUCAUAUGCGACGAGCUGUAUAUUAUCGUUGGUUUCAACCGGUCCCAUAA